AUGCGUUCGUUCACCAAGUCCUACGAAAUGUACGACUACAACCUGCUCUUCAUCCGCUGGAUGGCCGACUUUAGCGGGGUCGACAUGCUGGUGGAAGACUAUCGGUUCAACUACCGAACAGCAAUUUGUGUUGGCACUGUUCUGAUGGGUGCAAUCAACUGUACUUAUAGUCUCGCAUAUUACUAUCCAAAUUAUUACAAAAUGUGUGAGGUGGUUGUGCUUUUAGGGAUUCUUAUCCAGGGAACACCGAAGCUCUAUUUCGGAUACAUUCAUCGAGAAUUCUACAAAAUACAAUACGGUCGAUUGCGACGGCUCCACUACCGGUAUCGCGAUCACGAGAUACUUAACGCAAAGCUCCUAAGACUAAUGGAGAGAAUUCACGUCCUGUCCAAGCUGCUUGCGAUAGUGUUUAUUUUCGGCGGGCUGGGAUAUUCGAUCUACCCCCUGUACAUGUACUGGGCUAACAACGAGCUAGUUCUGAUGGUCACCAUGAGAGUACCUUGGGUUAAUGCGGAUACGUACACCGGGUACGCUGUGACCACGGCCAUGCAAAUGGUGAUGAUUGUCAUCGCCUGCACGGGACUGUCCGCGUCAGACACGGCCAUACUGCUGUUCGUGGCCAAUUUAUCCGCCUACGUGGAGGUGUUCACGAACGUGCUGAACAAGUUGAACGCCAUGCUAAGCGCAGAGGAUCGUGACGAAGAAGUGAUUAGAUGCCAAGUGCGGAAGAUAUGCUCGCAACAUCAGGACAUUAUCGAAUACGAGUCCGACUUAGAUGAACGGUACAUUGUAAUCUGCUUUGGUCUUGCCAUUGGUGCUAUAACCACUAUGACCGUUUCGAUUUUUCUGGUUUACAUGAAUAGCUUCAUUCCCGGUUAUGCCCUGCUGGUGGCUAGCUUUUUCCAACUACUGGAAUUUUGUCUGCUCGGGACCGUCCUGACCGUGAAGAAUGAGGAAAUCAUUGAGGCGAUCUACAGCACCAACUGGUAUCUGCUAGCGGAACCAGAACGUCAAUGUUUUGCGUUGAUGCUGCACAAGAGUCAAAACUUUACGGAAAUGACCAUCGGAGGGUACGCUCCGCUCAACUUGGAAACAUUCGUUGCGAUUAUGAACCGAAUUUACUCCUACUUUAUGAUGCUCAUUAGUUUCAUCGAAUAA